CAGAAUCAUCGUUGUCAGUAGUAGAAAUGAUUGAACAAGAGAGAGCUACUUCUAUCACUUUCUCUCAUUCAUUCUCUUGCACCUUCGCCAAUCGUCUCUUUUUGUUCUUCUUUUCGUUUUCUUCUUUCUUGACUAGGUAGCAAAUCAUCAUGUCGUCGGUCCAAUGUUGCAUAUGCUUAGAAUCAUACAAAACAAGCAAAACAACGACUACAACUAGCUGCAGUGUUGCGUCUUCUUCCAAAAGUCCUGUUGUGUCACGGCCACCACCACAAAGAUCAGCAGCUGCAUCCUCGUCUUCCUCUCAGCGAAAAAAACAUGAUGGAAACGUGUUUUCGACAAAAGGCUGUGCCCAUCAUGCAUGCCGUCCCUGUCUCGCUCAGUACUUUUUGGCCUACGUCCAAAAGUCUCGCAUCGAGGACGACUAUUCAGCCUUGGACUGCCCAGAGCCUGGUUGUGACGAGACUUACGUUGCCAUUGAGAUCAUUCCACAAGUGAUGCCGAACGCUGAAACAGCACUCUAUUGGUGGCGUAUAGUGAUCGAAAAGACCAUUAUGGACAGCAUUGGCUACUGUCCGUAUCCAGAUUGUCAAGCAUCAUUCGAGCUCCCGGAUUACCAUCAGCAACAACAUUGGCAGCAGCAAUCAGCUGCACCAAUCGCCAGUAGCAGCACAUAUACUGGCACCACUGUUAUGGCUCCUCACGUUGAUGAAGAUGAGGAGAGACCCAUCUUUGCCGAGUGUCUUGAAUGCAACCGUGGUAUUUGCCUCAACUGCCAAAGCAUUUGGCACUCUGACAAACAAUGUAAACCUGAAGCAGAACGAACAGCAACGCCCCCAUGGCGAGAUUCUAAGGCGUACCGUCGAGCACAUACACAAAAAGGAAAGGAGCUGAAGCGCAAAUUAUCAGUAGAAGCUCGCAACCUUGCAAGAAAAAGGAAUUGGACCCGUUGCCCGCGUUGUCAAGAGAUGGUCGAACGCGUUAGUGGCUGCAGUACUAUCUUGUGCUCUUGUGGUAUUGAGUUCUGCUACCGCUGCGGAUCGCCAUCUAGCGGUCACGUUUGCUCAAGAAGAUGCAACAUGCUUUCCGGUGCCCAAUUGAACAGUGUCCGUAGCACCAUGUUUACCUAUAAUUAGGAGACUCACCUUCAAACACAAACUGCAUAAUGGUCCUGAUUUUUUGAAGUUACUUUUGCUGUAUUUACUAUACUACCCAUUUGCUGCACAUACACACAGGCUCAUAAAUAGCACACUCUAUUAUGCAGAAUAUCUGCUUAU